AUGUCUUUUAUACCAUUGUGGAUCAAUCCUUUAACUGAUUUGAGUAAUAUUUUAACACCAAAGCUUUUUUUAACAAGUAAAAAAAAUUUAUGUGCCGAGUUAUUUUUAAAAUACAUUGACUGCAUAGAAGCUUACGGAGCAACCAAAGGGUCUCGUGAAUGUGCAGCUAUACUAUUUGACAGUAUGGAAUGCACUCAUCAUACAUUUCAGUUAAAAAGAAGAGACGCCAUUUACAAAGAACGUAUGAAACAAUACAGGGAAGGAAAAAUUGAUAAACCAUUUGAAGAAAAUCCACCUUUGGAUGAAAUUCAAAUGCAAAUGUUAAAUUAA